AUGAGUGAUCCGAAAAGUGUACCUUUUGGGAAAGAUUUGUACUGCCAGAAUUCGACACCCAGCCAAAAAGGCCAGAAGAAACCAGCUUCAUCGGUCGUAAUGCUGAACGGUGUGCCCAUACCGACCACUUACGCGGACAAAUGCCGUCUCUGCUUGGGUGACAAGUUUGACAAAAACUGUACCACCAUCAUAGAGGAACAGUUUAGCUAUAUGUUGCAGAAAGUAUUUAGCUUUCCGAUUACAAACAAAAUAGGACUACCGAUGAACGUUUGUGGUAAAUGUUUCCGAAAGGUGCGAAUAUUUCAGCAGUUUUCUGCAAUAGUGUGGAACAACCAAAGACGGCUAGAAGAAUCUCUGAGCGCUGCUGCGGCUCUGGAAAAGAAAAAUAAUCCAACAAGCACAGAAAAGGAAUAUGAAACGAUGGAUGCCGAUUUGCCUGGUGUAACCAUUACAGCAGAUGCAGGAAACGAUCCACUAGUCGAGCCGCCGGAUGAAGACGAUGCUGAACAAACGCACUUCGUAUCUGUUGCUUCGCAAGACAACUUUUUCUUUUACAAUGAGAUGGAUGAUAUCGGAACGUUCGAUAACCCGCAUACCGACUAUAUUCAGGAGGUCUCGUUAGUGAUAGAACUGGAUACAUCAACCGAUGAAGUAUCCGAUGUUGAUUCUGAAGCGGGAUACCAACAAUCGAAAAAUCGAAGAAAAAAUGCCAAACGGGUCCGUCAUAAUGUACCGGAAGUGGAAUCCUUUACAGAGACCCGGUUGCAAGCCAAAGUUGUGACUGAUGCUAUGAAAAAUAUUAACAAAUCGAAAAAGAGCAAAAGAUAA